CCACAGGUCCUAAAACAGACUAAACGGAAAUCGACGGCAGGGUUUCAUAGUUACGGCUUCCCGUUUUCUCCAGAAGUGAAAAAGAUGCCAAGAUGCUUUGUUGAACGAUGCCACAACUAUGGGGGGAAGAGGCUGAACAUUAUUUUGCACUCUUUUCCCAACAACCUGGACAAGAUCAAAACCUGGCUGAGGUGCAUAGAGCAGAGCGGACAUGUCAUCAGGGACAUUGAAGAACUGGCUGAGAGAAUAUUCGAGGGCAAAACCAACAACAGGUUUCGGGUGUGCUCAGAACAUUUCACUGAGCAGUCCUACCAGCCUAGUGGAUUGAGGAAGACUUUGAGGAAAGAUGCUGUCCCCACAAUUUUCCGUGAUGUCCCACCACAAAAAUGUCCAUGGCAGAAAGUGAAACCAGCACUUAAGAGCACAAAUGUAGACUCUCCAGCUUCAGGCGAACCUAACCGCAGAACACCACACCAGCAACAGCAGCACCAUGCUUAUCAUCCAGUUCCCAUAAGCCCUUCUGUCCAUCUGGAUCCUCAUCGACGUGAACAGGCGAACAUGGAGACGACCAUUAAAUGCCAUGAGUAUUUCCAGCAAAAUCCCAAGCAAACCAAAGAAGGUUACAGUUUGAGCACAAAGACGACAGAUGUUACACAUACAAUCCUGAAGUUCACCCUGGAGAUCAUCUGCCUACUGACUGGAGAGGAUUAUAUUGUUGUGAAAAAGACAUCUAGUCAUGGUGAAGGAUGGAGCAGGACCCAGAGCCCCAUCCUGGAGCCUCCACCUGACUCAUUGAUAGAUGUGAAAACCAAUGAGCAGAAGAUCCUAGAUCUCACCUACAAGAUCAUUGAGCUUCUGACUAGAGAGACAUGUGAAGGUUUAGAAGAACAUCAGAAAAGAAGCAGGAUGGAGAGCCACCAGGCCCUCACAUAUCUUGAUAAUAUGGUAAAUGGCUUAAGUGACCAUACGUCUGCCCAUGCUAUGGAGGAAUCAUUGUCCAGUGACGAAAAGGAGGAAAUUAAUACACCCACAGAUCACAGACCACAAUACCUGUUUAGUAAUAUUAAGGUUGAAGCAACAUAUGAUAUGAGAAGCAUCAGAGGUUCCAACACUUAUACAUCCAUAGAUGACACCCAACACUAUCCAUCCCCUUCUAUUAAGGAGGAACCAGUCUCCUGCGACGAAGCAAACGUUACAGACCCUGAGAUCCAUGCACCCACAGAUCAUGAACAACCACGCGCAUCUACCCAUAUUAAGCAGGAAGCAGUCUCUUGUGAAAGUAGAAACCUCACAGACCACACACAACAAUAUCCAUCUCUUAUUAAGGAGGAACUAGCCACAUACAGUGGAGGAAACCUCACAGACUUUAAUGUUUAUACACCAACAGAUCACGUAGUGUGUGCUAGUAUGGAGGAGACAUCCUCGUGUAAUGGAGGGAGCAUCACAAAUCCUAUAGAUGUACAACAGAAUCCAUCGAAUCAUGUUCUAGCUGAAUCAGUGUUGUGUGACAAAGGAAGGCCUAUAAACACCACCAUGAAUACAGAAGCACAGUCGUCAUCUCAUACUGAGCGUGAAAAUGAAGAUGUGCAAAUGAACUAUUCAUUGUUUGACAAAGGCAAUUUAGACACCGAUAUAUAUGCUCUUAUAAAACACGCACAGGCAAAAUAUACAUUUACUCGUAUUGAAGAUGGUUCUAGCUCAGAGGGAGAGGAGAACUUGAAAGACGUGGACUCUCAUACAUCAGCAGAUCCAGAUAAUACUCAACGUCCUCCUAAUGGUACAGGAGAAGCUGUCCCACAGACUAUUCAGUGUCCUGAAUGUUCAGAAUGCUUUACUCGCAAAUCAGCACUUAUUAAUCACCGGCGAACUCACAGACAAGAGAAACUGACUUGUUCCAAAUGUGGGAAAGUCUUCUCCAAAAGAUCCAGCCUUCAAAACCACCUCACCCUACACACUGGAGAGAGGCCCUUUGCCUGUCCCAUAUGUGGAAAGUGUUUUGCUCGAAAGAGUAACCUCAUCUCACAUGAGACUAUUCACUCUGGAAAGGCAUCCUUUAUAUGCGCAGAGUGUGGGAGGUAUUUUGUCUGUAAGGUCCAUCUAACUAAACAUCAGAUUAUUCAUGAAAAAUAAUCCUCCUUCAAAGCUUGUGUCUAAUAGAUAUCUUGAGCUCUUCCAUGGUAGAAGCCAUUUUGGUGGUCAUCAAUGACCUUAGCAGCAUUUACAUUAGCCUUAUCUACAUGUAGAACUUGUAUGCAAUUUUUUUUCUUUUUUUUUACAUAAUCUUUUUCAUAUUAUGCGACCAAAAUCCUUUCAUUUUUACACUAGUUAGACUUUCCGCUAUCUCAAGCAGCCUCAACGAGAUUGAGAAUUUUCUUGCCGCGCAAGUAACUUUUUUUUCAUUUACUUUAGGUUAUAUAUAUUGUUUUAUAAUCUAUUUUUCAGAUUGAAAAGACCCAUGUCUUUAUUAAAGACCAUUAAUAAUCUCAUUUUAUUCUCAUGUGUUGGUGCUUUUUAUGUCUAGCAUGAGAACUGAAACAAGGGUGCUGCAUCCUUCACACAAUGACAGGGCUGUAAGCAUGUUACCAGCAUGAAGGUUCAGCUCCACCCACACAGAUAGACACAGAUAGACAAAGGGAAACCACACACAGACUUCUCUGUGUUGUGCCCAUGUCACGUUUCGGCUUUACCAUAUACUGUCUUUCUGCCACCUAACACUGUGUAACUGCUUGAGAAAGCUCUCCGGUGAGGCGAAACAUCAUGUGGGCAUGUGGUGUAUGAACCAGCAAAACUGUUUCCCUUUGUGUAUCCAGCAUGGAGUCUGUACACAGGCACUGGAUUGGGAAGCAGUACCAUGUGUAGGACUUACUAAAUGCAUGAGCAAACCCUCAGGAGGAGCAAAAUAAAGAGAGCAAGGCCUAAAGUAUUCACUGCUCUUCACCCAAAUAUUUUUUCUCAUUCUGUGUGCAAUCUCAUCUAAGUUGUAUAAGAUGAGAUUGUAUAAGUUGUAUCAGUACAUUUUAUUCAAUUUUGUGAGUCUCGUGGUAUAAAAAUUCCAGUGUAGAACAUUGGGUCUAGCAGUGUUAACCUUGAAAACACAAUCUUGUUGAUGUGUUGUGUGUUGGAUGUUCACGUCCACCUAUAUAGAUCAGUGUAUGAAGCCAUAAUUCUCUAAUACGUCCAUUGCUCGUACUAUUUAUCUGUUUGAUCUGUAAAUAAAGUGUCUUGUUCUGAGUGGAAUGUGCUAUUGUCAACGUUUUUUAACCUCUCCUAUAUCCCAAAGUUAUGGCAUAAAGGAAAAAAAGGCAAGGACAUGGAUAUGUACCAUAAACCACUAUGUUCUAACGGAGACCAGGGGAAGAGUAGAAACUAGAAGUUACAGGCGGCACAUCGAAGAGGUUAAAUAGUCACUGCUGGAUGCAACAAUCACAAAUUGACUCACAAUUUGUAACACAGUGAGAACCCACUCAUGGCUCCUAAUGAACACUGAAGCUUUAAAGAGGACUAUGUGGUGUUCUACAAAUAGUUUUCUUCAUGGUGUGGAAAUCUUCUGUAUUGGAGCUCCUGUCGCUUUCUCGAAA